UACAUCUUAAUGGAGACUUCAUGUCCUCCGUCUCCAGAUAGACCAACUUGUUUCUCAGUUGUGUACACUUGGCUCCCAAUCAGAUUGCAUCUCCCUGUAUCCAAUGGGGACAAAGCGAGCCAGCUGGGUGUGUUGGGUUGGAGUUUCAACUUUGGACCCCAGAAGAAGAGCCGAGAGAUACAGCGGAGGCUCUUCAGGAGCGGAAACAAAAGCACUCCACAACAGAGCAACACGAUAUUUGGGCUGAAUCCCUGUGGUUUCAGGGACUUUGGGGGGUUUUCCUCUGAUGCAAGGAAACUAUGGAGCACGACCAAUAUCAGGAUUGUGAUGGCAUCGAGCUGCUCGACUGGCUGUUUGAUCAAAACGACGGAAUCCUGCGUCUCGAGGGAACGGGACGCCAUGGCAACCAUCACACAUGGCCAGCCCAGGACCCAAAUAUGCCGCAGCCGGCCCAACAGGCAGGAGACGACUUCCUCAACGUCCUCCUGAGUGGAAGCGAGUGUGUGGCGGGCUCGCCUCUCUGGCCCUCUUCUCCCAGCGACAGUGGCAUCAGCGAGGACCCUCCCUCGGACCAGAUGGACAGCCCUCGGCGUCCCGAGAGUCCCCCCAGACCCCCCAGGCCCGCGCAGUACUUCAGCGCCAGGCCACAAACCAAGGCGGGCCUCGAAGCCCGAGUCUCCACGGACCUCAAUGGCUGGGAGGCCAAAUUCCCAACAGGCAGCGCUACACAAUAUCCUUCCGACGUGCACCAGCCACCGCUGCCCUCUGGCUUCCCGAUGACGAUUAAGGAUCUGCUGCUGUCUGGCACACCGGAGCCCACCCCGCACCCAUCCCAUCAUUCCAUUCAAGAGUUGAUUCUCAAUGAAGAUGAGAAGAAGCUUCUGGCAAAGGAGGGCGUGGCUCUCCCCAGCCAGCUGCCUCUAACAAAGUACGAGGAACGGAUUCUGAAAAAAAUACGCAGGAAGAUUCGCAAUAAGCAGUCGGCUCAGGAGAGCAGGAAGAAGAAGAAGGAGUACAUCGACGGGCUGGAGAGCAGGAUGGCUGCCUGCAACGCACACAACCAGGAGCUGCAGAGGAAGUUGUCCCAGCUGCAGAAAUGCAACAUGUCGCUGAUGGAACAGUUGCGCAGGCUGCAGGCCAUGGUCAUGAACUCCUCCAACAAGCCGGCCCAGACUGGGACAUGCGUACUGGUGCUUCUGAUCUCCUUCUCACUGAUCCUGUUCCCCAGCCUCAAGCUUUUCUCUGACACCAAGGUCAGCCAAGGAGACUUCAGUCCAGUCAGAAUCCAGUCACGGUCUCUGCAGAACCUCCAGGCCUCCCGUGUGCUGCACGUCUCUGAAUCCCCAUUCCCCGCCGAGGACGAGCCGGAGCCUCUGCACCGGCAUCUCCCCGGUGACCGGGCAUUGGAAGAUAUUACCGCCAUGAUGGGAAAGCUGGGAGUGGACCCAGACCAGUCCGGCGUGGAGCCCCUGGCUGUAAACGGCAGUCAGCAAGAGAGGAUCGGUCAUUUCCAGGUGGACCCAAUUACCGGGCACAUAUCUUCUUUGACCUUGGAUCCCCGGCGCUCCGCCCGGCUGCGACCACACGCAGAUGACAUGUAAUGGGAAUGAAUACAUUAUUGCGACAUGAUUUUCCCGAAAGCACUAAAUCGACCUCCUCCUGAUGGCAGAGCAGGGAAUUAACUGGGGCUGCUGUUUACACAGACAGGGAGACUAGGUUUAGAAUCAAUCCUUUUUUUAUCGUAUAUAUAUUUAGUUUGUCCGUCUUUUCCAUAUUUGUGCUAAUGUUUUAUUUCAGUUUGGGGAUUUUUGAAUCUCAACACUAAAAUGUGCUGCGUGUCCUUUGUCUCCUGGCUUCGAUAACAUGCCAGUGUGAGUUUGUGUUUAAAACUGGGGAAACAGAAAACUGUGAUUAUGUGAACAGUUUUGAUCUCAAUGAAUAACGUGUAAGAUGUCAAAGAAUUUUGAAUCGUCAUUUGAUCGGAACCGUUUGGAUUAAUUCCUGGGUAAAAAACGCACUGAAAUAAAAGACGUCAAAAUGA